CGCCAAAAAUUGAAAGAACGCUUGGCCAGCGACUCAAGGCUCGGGAUCAUGGAGGCCUCUGGCGCGGACAACAUGCAGACGGAGCUGUCGGCGGAUGAUUCGGCAUCGCAACUGCCUUAUCAAGGGCACGCAAGUGCUUCAGCUAACGCGCAGGAGGCAGAGCUCAACGUUAUGGACGAAAGGAAGAGACAAGCCUCUCGGCACCCGACGGCGCAGCGAGUGCGCACUGUCCGUUUAACAACGCAGGUGCAUCCGGAUAUGCUGAUACCGUAUCUGUACGGUGAGCGUGGUGGCCGCAGCAUCAACGCGAUAGUAAGCGCUACAGGCUGCACCGUCGACUACUGCGCAUUGUCGCCCGAUGAGCCUGAGCGGUCGCCACAGAGUCACAGCUAUGUUAUGAACUUCCUGGUGUCGGCUGGAUCCAGUGAGAUGCUGGAAGAUGCCACGAGACAACUAAGGAAGCUGGUGAACAGAGUGCAGGUUCAUCUACAGACGAAGGCGAGAAGCAUGCCAAAAGAACAAGAGGAGAUGGACUUCUACGAGGUGGACACUACUAGAGGACGGCGUGGAAUGAUAUCGCCCAGACUGUCAGGAACUGAAGCUACUGUGGCUGCGAUGGAAUCGAAGAGAGAGGCCAUACUAGACGAGAGGUGGAUUAAUGGAGAGCCUGAUGAUGACUGGGACGUGGCUCCGAUGCAGAGAGUGUAUUAUGCCCCGAGAGUUCGUCGAGAGCAGCCGAGAUAUAUGGAAGUUGCUGACUUGGAAGCGGAUGAGAAGACUGAGUUUGUGAUGACAGGGAGGCGCACUGCUGAAAACUCCGCUGGAUCUGAGGCUCCGUAUUUGCAGAGAGGACAGUCUCCUCACCACUUUGUUACUCGUCGCAGGAUGCGUCGCUAUCCUGAUCAGUCGCGAUGGAUGCGAAGAAGUUACCAUGCUCAAAUGCAGGAAGCAGGGUAUGCGAUGUAUGCAGUUGCACCCCCACAGGGAGGAAAUGAACAGACUCAGCGGAUUCGACAGCCGCGGCAUAUUUAUCAAGGAGCUGCGAAUCGUUUGGCGCAUCCAGAGUACAGUCAGUCUUACAAUGGCCCAGACUCUGAAAAUAAUGCCGCGUUUCCUGACGAGACAGCUGAUCUCACAAAUGAGAACGCAGGCGCAAAUGAAUCACUGGAAUUUGUUGACGUUCCGGAGCUGCACCAACCCGUGCAUCGUACGCAUCCUCGUCGAAGCCUUAAGCGCCCGAUUAGCAAAAUGCGGAGCGAGGGGCCACCUCCACCACCUAUUUACCGGCAACGAAUGCCAUAUAUUUAUGACUACGAGUAUGAUGAAGAUGAUGAAUGGAUGACUGAAGACGAGGAAAUGGCUGUUGCGUAUGGCUAUCCUCAACAGUUUCGCCCUGUGGAGAUACCUGUUGUACAUCGACGACGACGAUUUGAUAGUGUAAGUUCCCAACAAUGGAGUAGUUCUGCUUGUCGCGGACACCCUCAGAUGUACAAACGGCGCCGAGUUCAACGAGGUGGCCCCUCGCUUGAGAAUGAUACAAAGGUUGACCCAGACUUUGAAGCACCAGGUCGCGAGCAUGUAAUUCCUCCGGGUUCUCGUACAAGAACGUCGCUUAUGGGUCAGCUUGACGAAGUUGCACAAAACCCAAGUAUGGAGGCGGAUACUGGACAAGCAACUAGUGUACAAAUUCCCACUGAAGACGGAUCGCCGGUGUCGAGUGCGAGUGAUGCUAAUGCUGACAGCGCUGUAGUGGAUGGCGAGAACCACGAUGCUCCUGAUAAUGAGAAUGUUGCAAUGGAAAAACCUAGUGAAGCACAGAUUGACGCCACCCACCAGAAACCAGAUAGCCUGGUACAAGACCCUGCGUUAGAACAGAACAACAUGAGCUCUACCGGUGGCGUGGCUCAGUCUGCCAAUGACAAGACAUGGGACGAUGAACAUCACAUAACUGUCGGAUCUAACACACAGAGUGAAGUGAUGCCGUUGACUCCGAUCGAAGAGACGGCUACCGCUGUGUCGCCGCAGAGAUCUGUCGCCGGUUCGAGUUCCUUUACAAGGAAAUCCCCAGAAAGCCGUGUUGCGAGCCCUCCAUCUUCUACUACAAACGGAGCCGACAGCAGCGUUCUACUAGAGGUGGAGAGUGCGCAUGUCAGAAGGAGUGAGUCAGCUGAAGUAGCCUCCAACGGUCGUGAAUGUUCGCCAGAGUAUCUGCUACCUGUUGAGACGGCCAUAGCUCCUGGGGCUGGCUCUGAUGAAUUGCAGCAUACUCAAGCCACGAUUGAGAUUUCUCCUCCUGUUGAACAUGUCGUGACUGAUACCAUUCGGAUUAAUAAUCAUGUUAUUGCAUCGUUGGAGCGCGCAAAUAAGGUGGAAUUGGAUUUCACGGUGGCCAAAACGUCAUUGUCAGUACAAGAAGACAAGUUUCGUCGACUAGAAAACAGCAGUAAAUGCCACCGCAGACUGGAAGUUCUGUGCGGCAUCGUGUACGAUCUUCAAUGUCAACUCAGCUCUCGCUCGUGUGGUAUGAAGGAAUCUCGCAAGCAUGAACUGCUAGAAAAGCUUGAUAGCUUCGUGGACACUCUGUUCACAGAAAGCGAGCAGACGCUGGAAGAACGAGUUAUUGCGCUACAGACCGGAUUGGAGCAUGUUCUUGCUGCAAACGCACUCUCAUUCUCUAACCCGAUUGCUAAAAGCAAGCCAGUAGCAUCUAGCGCUCCAAACACCGAGUCUCACGCGACAACCCAGAAGCCCAUUGAACAGAAUCACGGUAAGAACGAUGACACAGUUGGUAUGGACUGGGAGGAAGAUGGUUGGUUCGAAGAGAGUGCACCUGUUGACCCGGCUAGCGAUGAUCAAGAAAGUUUUGUGGCACAUAUCUCUCCAAAGAAAAGCAACUUGAAAUUCGAAGGUGAUUUUCUGGCGGUCAAGCUGGAAGAAGGAGCUUCUCCGCGCUGGCCUCGAGAACUACCACCAUUUGUUUGGUCUCUUUUGGCUCGCGUGAUCUCUUCUGACCCGCAAUCGUACGUUAUGAGAGCGACGCAUAAGCGACUUAUGGACGAAAUUGCAAAGGGCGAUCCGUACUACUAUCUGCACCCGACGAUCAUAGCCAAGGAAACCGAUACGUCUUCGCCAUUGCCGUCAUCGCCCUCUCCGCCGUGUGAAUUCGGAUGUCGAGGCGCCUCAGCGCUGAAAUGGGAACGCAAACUGGUGUCGCAGAUCAGUUCGCGCAUGAAAUCCUUUGACAACGUGGCGUACUCUUUGGCCCGUAGCAGUGGAGGCAAGGAGGUCCUGAAUCGCAAGAAGAUGAACUCGAUUAUCCGAAAGUUGCAUCUUGUAGCGAUGCAAUUGCACUCUUUGGUGUCGCAUUUGUAUUGUGUUAAGGGUCAAGCGACGUGUAAAGAGGUUGACUCGCUACCGGUUGCGUUGAACAAUUCUCACUUCGAGAGGAAGAUGGGCGUGUACAAGUCAAGACUCAAGCUGGUGGUGCCGCACAAGUACCAGCAACAGACUCAGCAGCAGACCGGCGCAAGUGAACCGGCCGAAGAGCUACUGCGAGACACAUACGAGUUCUUCCCCGAGCUGCUUCUUUGCGUUGAUAUCUGGGGAUACAAUUAUCGUGAGAGUCAGGCCAAGCGUCACAACAGUAAGAGCUUACUGGGUGACCAACUUACUGGUUCUGGGGCACUCUUCCCGCUCGGUUUCUUCCGUCGAGUGGAGAGUCUAGCGUUUGACUUUGAGCACGAUAGCAACGGUCUGCUGCGUUGUAUUUGUGACGAACUGCUAAACAUCGUGUGUCUGUGGAACGAUUUCAAGUGGACAGACAAUCUGGAGACUGUGGCAUUGGAUCGAGUGAUAUCUUUCGAGACAGAUGUGACGGGUAGUAUUGUUAAGAUUCUGGAGCUUUAUGCGCACCACCUUCAAGCGCUCUGGGCAGUACGCUUGUUGGAUGAACCUGAGCAGCUCCGAAGCGUCCACUUAACGCAGUUCAACGCGUACUACAGUGACGGAAGUCAAGGUAGUUUGAACACGACUGUCGAUGCUCGGUCACAAGCAGCGAAGAAUCCGGGCGAUGGGGUUAAUCCUGAUAGGAAUACUAUUGAUCGGUUGGUGGCAGACGAAAUCGUUGAACAGCGCCUUGCCGAGGAGUAUUGGAACCGCAAGGUCACAGCGCUGUCUGUUCACAAUCCAGACAAUGACGCUAUGGACGUGGACGACACCGACGCUCAGGUUUUGAGUGCCGAGACGAUUUCUUCAUGGGACCAGCAAACAAUGGUGUCUUAUUUAUUGCGCUGGAGCGAUGUGUAUGCGAUUCGUAGCGACGUGAACGCGCUCUCUGCUGUCACUAACCACAUGCUGAAGCACGAAGUGCAGAAGCACAGGUUUAUGAGUGGCGAUGGGAGUAGCGAACCAAUUGGAAGUAAGGCAGCGGUGGAUUCGGCCACGAGGCAUCUUCUUGCAGCUGUGAGUCGCGCGCAAAUGUUGAUCCGGGACGCUUUGAUUGGGUCUGAAAAGCUCGCGCUCCACUCUGCAUCCAACCAGCUUCCGGAUGAGCGAAAACACUCGAAUAGUGCUGAAACAAGCGAGGCAAGCGGGGCAGCUCAGGACACAUGCUCUGUCAGCAAUAAGGCUUCCGAAGAUACGUCGUCUGCCGCACACACCGACGCUGUCGCGGAUGCUGAAUCGUCUUUGAAUGUCGAGGAAUCGUGCGUAGACAGCAACACCAAGGAAGAUGCAAACUUAGAAGCGAGUAGACCCCAAGAACAGCCUGAGCUGAAGGACCUGAUUCAGUUGCUGGCGGUCACGAAGCAGGACAUGCAGGAGCUUUGUGGCCACCGACCGCGGUCUGCUCGCAUGCGCGAAAAGGUGCAGACGCAAUCAGUGCAACUAGCGCGACAAACGGUCGAGAUUUUUCGCAAUAUCCGGAACAUGUACGAGUCACAGCGUCGAUGAUGACGCUAGAUCUAUCAUCUUCGCAUGCCGCUAUAACUACUACGCAUCCAGCGAUCGAAACAGUAUCAUGAGCUUUGUCGUGUAGCGCUCGUCUCCCAGCGGGUCCCAAGUGUUCUCGUCUCUUCCAUACAAAACAUUCUCUGCAAGCACAACAGUGUUGUUACUCUGAAACAGCGGAGAGCCACUCAAAGUUACUGCAUCCCAAACGUCUGUGGCAAUCCAAGCCGGUACCUCAGUCAGCAAAGUGAACUCCAGCGCCAAGUACGAGACGUGGAAGUGUGUGCAAUGGAUUUUUCGAAAAUGCUAAGUAUGUCGGACCUACUUCACGGUUAAAAUAAAACGUCAUCUUCGCUACUAUUCUAGGAAUUAACUCGGCAGGAUAGACACGGGGGUUGAAGGGGGUAGUUAUCCUUCUGCAUCUUCAAUAGCGUUGCCUUAUAGUACGCUUGGACCAUGUAUCGUGUGGCUCCCAGCUCUGUGCCAAGUCCCCAAGCCCACGUUAUCCAUCGCAGCUACGAAAGCGACAGUCGUGACUCGCUUACUCGCCGUCAAUACGCGUUCCUAUGGAUGUUCAUGGUGCUCCUUCACGCGCUGUGCUCGACCUUCUUGAUCUGUUCCGCUAAACUAUACUGGCUUAUGGAAAAUGAAUACCUCGACUAUUUUGCUGGUCUGCUUGCUUCAGAACGAGAUCGACAUUUUCGCGUUGUAGGCACUACAUUAGGUAUUCUCGGGGCAAUUCAUGGGCUGCAGAUGCUUUGUCACCUCAAAGCUGCAACAUUUGCUCGAAGAUUACGCGUCAGGCCAUUGAAUGUAGGAUCAGCCAUGGAAACACUCUUGAAACUCGUUGUAAAAUCCUUUACUCGACUUGGAUAUCGUUGGGGAUUGUUACGAAAUGCUGGGAGGCGAACUGGAUGUUCGCAUAGUUUACGCGAAUGUGACCAAAGUAACGAGCAUUUCACUCGAAUGUUUGCUCUUCGUAAGACUUUGGAGAUCGCAACGCAAGUCCCGAACGGAUAUCUGUACAGCACGCUAGUGGCUCGAUCUUGGAUCAAUCACGCGAAAGUGGCGCUGAUAGUGACAAACUGCUGGUCUGCUUUCAUAAUCCACCAAAUGCUGCUUAAAAGUGAUCCUGAUGGUCGGCAGGUUGCUCCUCCAUUGACAAAAUCCCGUACAUCGAUACGCUUGUUGGCAGUCACAGUGGAUGCAGCACUAGCGACAGCAACGGCUAUCAUUCUACCAACCGCUAUCUUUAUGCCGUAUGCCUUACAGUUCGAUGUUAAGAACCUCAGUUUUCCCUAUACAAUGCUCUAUGGAGACACAGCAUUCCCUAACCUAGUGUUAGAGAAUCGAGCGUUUUUCUUCAUGUCCUGGGCGAACUCAACGAUGAAGUUUGUACCUCAUCUAAGUGUGUUUAUGUGUCUGGAAGCAAUAGCUGCCAUGCUUCAUUCCUCAGACUUACCUGACACAACCACGACAACAAAACGAUCUCUUCCAGAACCACGAGUUGUCAGAUCGAGUAUCAGGCGAUCUAUCAUCGCGCUAGCAUCAUACCGUGCGUUUUUGCGGGCUUCUGGGCGCGUUCAGAACUCAGCAAGAAUUUUAUUUCGAGUGCAUCGCGUCACGAUCCCAAUGCUCUUACUGAUUACUGGAGGUAUCGUACUUGGCCUGCAUCUUUCGUCACAGUAUGGAGCUGUAGCUGGAGACGUAGCAAAAAUGGAGAGCCUGUGUAUGCAGCGUAUGCAUCCAUGGCUUGCGUCAAAUUUUAGCUGCGCAGUGGUAAGGUACAAUUGCUACAAGGAAGGAGUAACGAGUCCGUCUGUAGAGGUGUUAGGCUGGUUGGAACGUGAAGCAGUGCGCAAGAUCAUAUUCAUGCAUUGUUCAGCGUUUACUAUGCCACCGAUCAUUCGCGAAUUUUCCUCUCUUAUGGGCGUCGAGCUCUGGAACGCAACACUUGUGGAUUGGGCUGAAGAAGCUGCUGUAUCGGCUGAGUUGCAUCCUAUGAUGCUCUUUGCGCUCUUCAUAUACGUUAAUAUGACGGGUAUCCCACCUGGAAUUCUACAAACUCCGCUACCCAUACAACUGACGGAUCUGGAAUUUAGUCAUACAAAUCUCACGACAAUUCCAGAAUCCGUUGUAGAACCCUGGAACGGUAUGGAAAUCAUGUUCAUUGAGCACUCACAAAUAAACCCAUUUCCGAGUGUACUCAUGCAACUUCCGGUUCUGAGCGAUAUCUCGCUUAUCGACAACGAGAUAGAAACAAUACCCGACGAUGUGUUCCUGAAUGGAGCCUCAAGUUAUUUCUACAGCGUCGCGCUGUCUAAGAAUCCACUACGAAAACUACCUCAAGGUCAAAACUUAAAUUUUGAUAUAUCGUACUUAGGACUGGAGUUCACUCUGCUGACAGAGGUGCCUGACUGGAUUACCACGAAUGUUUGGGAUGCUGUGUCUUUGGGUGGUUCUCCACUGUGUCAAAUGAAAAGAAAUGUCGAGCUCGCUGAUAACGUUUUGUGUGGAGAAGAUGAGAACGCUUGGGACCCGCUUGGAGGCGAACGCUAUCCCAUAAAGCUUGUUGAACCCUUUCGAUCACUCGAUGCGUAGUACAUUUGGACAUAUUAUCAUGCAGGAUAACCCGUACCGUACCAUCUUGAAAAAAAAAACAAACAGAAAAA